AUGACUUCAUUGUUAAAUGAGUGUUCGCUACAUGGAAGGAUACCAGAAAAUCUAAAACCAAAAUUAAUAGAAAGACUCGAAGGAAUUUGUGGUACAACAACACCUGUUAACGUGUUUGAACAUGAAAUUGGUAUAGUUCAAACACCUGAGGGAGCUCGUAAUGAUGAUUUAGUAUUGAGAUUAAAAUCACCACUUGAUGAAAACGAUUUAACCAAGCGAAAUCCAGAUACGACAGGUCACGCAUUAAAUGUCACAGUUAGAAGAGUAAUAUAUGCAAAAAUUUUUAAUGGCGAUGCACUUAAAUUUAUGUCCGUUCUUGGAUAUAAAUACGCUUAUGAAUAUGUAAAAAAAGGAAUAAUUUUUACUUUUCGUGAUUCAUUGAAAAUUUCUAUUUUUCAAAUUUUUACAUUAGACAAAGUACACGAUGUAACAUCCUUAAAACCUUUCGAUGAUAAUAAUUAUAUAGUGGAAGUAGCAUCAAUAUUAGCUCCUUCCGAAUUGGUGGAAUCCAAAUCUCAAGAAUUAAUCUCAUUUAGAGAAACACUAAAAGGAGUUAUUAAUUUACAUCGUGUAAAUCAUUUGCAUUUGAAAAAUCAAAUUUAUUAUACAUAG